AUGUUGCCUCAUAUAACCCAGUGUGUUAUACUUUUUAUUACAUUUCUCUGUGAUAUAUCUGUGUUAUUGCCCUCACGUGACGGUGGCAGGGGGUUAACAUAUGCUCAACUAGUCCCCCAUAGAACUUCUAACGAUGUAUAUAUGGAUCCCUGUAAGGCUGCUGGAUUUAUGGGAGAUAUAGCUCUAUCAGAAGAAGAAUUUAAACGAGAGAGGAAAUAUCUUCAACAGAUGAACAAUACAAUGUUUGAAUUACAAGUAGAGGACCCUAGAACCACCUAUAUUGGUAGAAAACCUUCCAAAUACUCAGGUCAACCAGAAAAUACUCUUAAAAAACUUCCCAUGUCAGAACUAGAUGUGAAAAAGAAAAAAUAUCUUAGGAAAAUUUUAAAAGAGAAAAAACAAAAUUUAAAAUCUUUAUGUAAGAAGGGAUUUCAAACAGUAGUUUACACAAGACAGGUUCCCGUUGGUUUUAAAUUUAUUUCACCAUUCCUCUACCUAUUAGACUUGAAUAUAUUAUGA